AUGAUAUGUUCAAGCCCAGAGACAUUCGUAGACCACGGGAUCACGACUACUCUCAAGCCUGUGGCGAAGACUCUGCGGCAGCUUUUUAGACAGAUGAGCGGCGUCCGAAGGAACGAACGUAACCGGAUUGCAAUCGACGUUUCUGGUCUCGAGGCGAAGUCUGUCAAGUACGGUUCUUCGACAUCCUUGUGUAAUCACGAGGAAGCUCGAUUGGUUGUAGAGCUUGUCACUGAAGUGCUUGCCUAUGAGCCGACGUUCGAUCCGAAAGACAAAGACAAGUUUGCCCGUGUGUUGCCCUCCAACAUCGGCAUCAUCUCCGGGUGCAAGGGCCAGAUGCGUCUCAUCUGGAGCUUGUUGCAACAAGCAGGCAACGAGAUUGUAGAAAUCAAAACCUUCUAUUUUAUUACUGUAAUCGGCGUAGGCGGACAAAGUAUGUGA